CAGAACAGUAUUUCAACUGGCCAAUUGCCAAUUCUUACAAAGAACAUAAAUCAUUCAAAUUUUACCCACUUUAACAAAUUAAUGUGUCCAUUCCAUUAGUGGAAACAGAGAAUUCUGAAUGACUAUUAACAGUCACAAUCAUUAACACCUGUUCACAAUUGAACUAUAACGACAAUGAAGUGGAUAAGUAAAAUCGCUUAUGGAACAGGUCAGAUGUUGAAAGAUCUAGUAGCUGGAGUCAUCAGUAUAUUCUACAUCAUAUUUUAUGAAGGUUGUAUUAGUCUGAGCAGUUCACAAGUUGGUGCAUUAUUACUAUUUGGUCAGAUCGCUAAUGGAUUAGCCACACCGUUGAUUGGUUAUUUAUCGGAUCGACCACUUGGUCCAACUGGAAAAUCAAUGAAUGGUAAUCAAUUGAUAUCAUGUGACGACGGGAAUGUGAAGAAGGAUAAGCGGUUUUUGAAUCGAAUGAAACGUCAAUUGAGACUUGGACAGAGAAAAUCAUGGCAUUUAGGUGGAUGUUUAUUGAUGCUUAUUGCAUUUCCAUCGAUGUUUGGACAACCGGAGUGUCUAGUUCGACUUCCGGUUUGGGCGAAAUUAUUGAUCAACGGCAUUUUUAUGGUUUGUGUUCAGGUUGGUUGGGCAGCUGUACAAAUUCCCCACUUAUCAAUCAUCAAUGAUUUAACCGAUCAACAUGAUGAACGAGUACUACUUGCAUCGUUAAGAUAUUUCUUCAGUGGUAUCGGCGACAUGGCCACAUUGCUUGUAACAUAUUUAUUCUUCGAAUCAGAAAAAUCCAGUUUGUUACUUCUGAAAUCAACAAAUGAAACUGUUAAAAAUGAGAACAGUAGUCAACUAUUCUCGAAAACGCUCAUGAGAACUGACACUCUUGCAGAAAGUGAACGAAGAGGAUUGUUCAAUAAUUCUAUUACAAAUCAAUCAACAAAUGUAGCGGAACAGUCAGUUUUACAUUCAGAAUACAAUAUAACAAUUCAAGAUUUGCCUAUAUUUCGAAACGUUGCACUGAUUGUGGCUGGCAUUGGAGUGCUGUUCACAGUUAUCUUCCAUUGUGGUGUUCGUGAAGGAAAACCGAGAGCACGUCAAGUUUUCGAGAUAAAAUCUUAUGAGAAUACUCAAGAUAAAUUCUCAGAGGUUAAUGGAAUCAACAACAAUAAUAACAAAAAAUUCCUUGAUGUUACUGAUGUUGCAGUUUCACGGGUUAAAUCAAAACGAAAACGAACUUACAGUCUUUCAUCUACACUUCCUUGGUACGCUUGGUUUACAUUACCACGAUUUUGGCUGAGCUGUUCUACAUUCAGUAUAAUGCGUCUGAGUGUAACUGUUUCUGUGUUGUAUAUGGGUCCAUUCUUGUUGAAUUCGUUAAAAAUGAAUAAAAGUUCAAUGGUUUCAGUCCCUUUAGUCACUACCGUUUUCUGUCUAAUUACAUCAGCUGGUGUACAAAGAAUUACCAAGUUACUUGGAAAUUAUAUCGGUUCAGUUGUUGGUGUUCCAUUCAUCCUUGGUUAUUGUACAAUUGCAUACUUCUUACAAUCAGCUGAAGACAACUUCUUAGCAAUUUAUUUUGCUGCAGCUAUUCUAGGCAUUGGCAAUACAAUCAAUAAUGUUCGAGCAUUGGUUGUGAUCACAACGUUGAUCGGUGUCAAACAAGUGCACACAGCAGCAUUUGUUCAUGGGAUCGCAUCAUUUGUUGACAAAAUCUCAACUGGCGUCUUCAUACAAUGUAUACAACUUUUUGUACCUCAAUUGACUUAUAAGCAUAUACAAGUGUAUAUAGUAGGUAGUUUGGCAGUAUUCGGUGGUAUUCUAGCAACAAUUGAUAAUUUUGUUUAUUCAGAGGCUUCAGAGAGGAAGAAUGCACCAUGUCUUUCUCGUUGUUGUCGACAGACAACCUCAUCAUCAUCGCCAACAUCAACGAAAUAUCAGACUAACAAGGUCGCUAAUCCUGAUGUCCGAACUUCCUAUAUUAAUGUUAGUAACGAUAAAGAGAAUCAUGAUAAUUUUGGAUGAUGAUCAAAGUAUUUGUGUAUUAUUUAUGCAAGUCGGAAUUCUUUUCCUAACCAAUCAAACAUCUCAUUUUUCGUCUCUCUCAAUCUAUCACCUGAUCGAUGUACAUUCACACGGUUUCUCUUUCAACGUAAUUCUAUUUGUUAUUAUGCUUUCCGGAAUGAAAAUUAUACUUUCCUUUAAUAGUCUACUAUCAAACACUUUAUUCGACUUCUUUAGUAAAUAUUUUAUUUUUGUAUGCAUCAGGUUGUAAUAAUCAGACACGUGAUGUGUUGUAAUAAAUGACCAAUGAUUUAUUUACACUCGAUUAUCAGAUGGAAGUCUUCUUUUGAAACAAACAAAAACCGAUGGAUUGUAGAUAACAUGACUUUUUAUAAAAACAAGUAGAAAUAUAUUGUUUCAUUC